AUGAAGCCUCGGUUGUGGUCGUUACUCCUGUGUACGGGUUCAUUCUAUAGCCUAGUUUCAACGGUAGUCCCAAAAGAACUCGUAUUCGUUCAAGCGAUCUGGCGUCAUGGCGACCGAGCACCCCUCAAACUACCGUAUCCCAAUGACGCCUACACGGAAAGUGCUUGGCAACGAGGGUGGUCACAACUUACUAACGUGAGUUCAAAAGUUGUCUUUUCAUAG